AUGGGAAAGUCGGAUCCUAAUCUCCAAGAAUUCUUGCAUCCCCUCAGUAUAGACCACCACACACUCUACAACCUCUCCCAUCGCCUAUCCUAUACAUACCGGGAGCUUGCUGCCAGCUCAUCGGAGCAGUUCUUCCCCACCGCCAUCACCCGGCUGCCCACCGGCCAUGAAACAGGUCGCUAUCUGGCCGUCUACCUCGGCCUUUCCUACCUCCGGGUGGCCUUCAUUGAACUGCUAGGGGACCAGCCAGUAGGACGACAGCCUCAUGUGAGACGAACCCUGGAGAAGGCGUGGCCCAUCGAAGAGCGGCUACGACGAGACCAAGCCCGGUCCCUAUUCGCCUGGAUCGGUGACUGCAUUGCCGAAGUCAUUGCGGAUGAUCUCGCCAACUCUAGAGGCGACCCGCCUAAAGAGCUUAUCAUGGGAAUCUCUUUCUGCUUUCCUACUAAGCAAAAGUUUCUCAAUGAGGCCAUUCUUAUGCCCACGGGCAAGGGGUUCGCCCUGAACUCCUCGCUAAAUCUCCACCAAGCCUUGCUGGAUGGAUAUGAAUGUCACACCCGGCGCUCAGAUCAGGACUCAAGUGACAUGCCGGCCAAGCGACGCAAGACUUACUGUCUGCCGAAGUUGAAGGUCACUGUCAUGACCAACGACACGGUCGCUACAUUAGCGUCUCUGGCAUACUCGAUACGUGCCCUCCCGAAUACUCGGGUCGUCAUGGGGCUUAUCGUCGGCGCUGGUUGUAACUCCGCUAUUCCAAUGAAACUUGCUGACCUACAGGAAUCAAAAGUGGCCCACAUCCGAGAAAAGCAGCCAGAAGCAGAUGAAACUGUCGUCUCAACUGAAUGGACCCUUCACGGAGCAACCGGACCCUUGGAGGAACUCGGUAUAGUAACGAAGUGGGAUGCUGAGCUGGAAGAGCAUUCAAAUCGGCCCGGCUUUCAGCCCCUAGAGUAUAUGGUUGGUGGCCGUUAUAUUGGCGAGCUUGUCCGCAUCAUUUGUUAUGAUUGGUUUCAUGAAGCCAAGAAUAUCCCACGCUCAUCAAUGCCGAAGAAGCUGGUCGAAAGGGACUGCUUAUCUACAGACUUUCUGUCGCUGGUGGUGGCUUCAAGCUCCUCGAACGAACAUCUGGCCGUGGCACUAUCCAACCACCUUCCGUCACCAUCCUCGAGUGACUGGAUUUGGACCCCUGAGCUUGCUGGUCAUAUUCGUAUGAUCGCUGCGGCGGUUCAAGAGAGAUCAUCUGCCUUGGUUGCUGCAGCGACAGUUGGUCUUCUAGCAUGCACUGGCGAGGUUAAAUUGAAGAGCACGUCUCGCCUCGAAACGGAUGAUAAGAGUUCCGGACCAAGUAAAUCAAUGAGCACACAGAAUGAUACAGUCCCGAAUCCUGAAUCGUUGACCCCUGGUUGGCGGAAAGGUCCGGAGGAGUUGGUUGUGGCCGUGUCUGGUGGUGUGAUCCAGCACUACCCUCACUACAAAGACAGGAUCCAGCGACAUAUUGACCGAUUGAUCCUAAGUGCUGGACCACAGGGUGAAGGGAAGAGUGUCUUCCUUCGAGAGGCCAGCGAUGGUGGAAUUGUUGGGGUGGGCGUUCUGGCAGGUACCGCGGCCGGGGAAAUCCAGGAAAUUAUUGGCUCGACAUUGGAGUCAGAGCGCAGUUAG